GGUGGGGCUGAGGGGUGCCAAUCUCAGGGGCAGCUCGGGUUCCCUCCCCGCCCCCUGCUCUUAGUCCUCCUCCUGACCCUUUUUCUCUUGGCUCUGUUGACAGUGUCUCCAGGACCCAGCAGUGUCCUCUGUCCGCUGCCCUAGGCCCUUCCCCACCCCACCCUCACUGUGAGCCCCCAGCUCAGGAGUCAGGACCCAGGGCCCCUCCCUCCCCAGCGAACCUCUUCUGGACCAGCAGAGUCGACCCGAGAUCUCACUACCUCCAUGCGCGCCGCUGUCAGGAUGGGGGCCAGAGCUGUGCCGGGCCUGCAGCUGGCACUGCUGCUGCUGCUGGUGCUAGGGACACCCGAGUCCGGGGUGCGGGGGCAGGACGGGCUGGACUUCCCCGAGUACGAUGGCGUGGACCGUGUGGUCAAUGUCAACGCAAAGAACUACAAGAACGUGUUCAAGAAGUACGAGGUGCUCGCGCUGCUCUACCACGAGCCCCCGGAGGACGACAAGGCCUCACAGAGGCAAUUCGAGAUGGAGGAGCUGAUCCUGGAGUUAGCAGCCCAAGUCCUAGAAGACAAGGGUGUUGGCUUCGGGAUGGUGGACUCUGAGAAGGACACAGCUGUAGCCAAGAAACUAGGACUAACCGAAGAGGACAGUAUCUAUGUGUUCAAGGGAGAUGAAGUCAUUGAAUAUGACGGCGAACUCUCUGCUGACACCCUGGUGGAGUUUCUGCUUGAUGUCCUAGAGGACCCUGUGGAAUUCAUUAAGGGUGAACGAGAGCUGCAGGCAUUUGAGAACAUCGAAGAUGACAACAAACUCAUCGGCUACUUCAAGAGCAAGGACUCAGAGCAUUACAAGGCUUUUGAGGACGCCGCAGAGGAGUUCCAUCCGUACAUCCCCUUCUUCGCCACCUUCGACAGCAAGGUGGCAAAGAAGCUGACCCUGAAGAUGAAUGAGGUUGACUUCUAUGAAGCCUUUAUGGACGAGCCUGUGACAAUCCCAGACAAGCCCAACAGCAAAGAGGAGAUUGUUAGCUUUGUGGAGGAGCACAAGAGAUCGACCCUGAGGAAACUGAAGCCUGAGAGUAUGUAUGAGACCUGGGAGGACGACAUGGAUGGAAUCCACAUUGUGGCCUUUGCGGAGGAAGCUGAUCCCGACGGCUAUGAGUUCUUGGAGACGCUCAAGGCUGUGGCCCAAGACAACACUGAAAACCCUGAUCUUAGCAUCAUCUGGAUUGACCCUGAUGACUUUCCCCUGCUGGUUCCGUACUGGGAGAAGACGUUUGACAUCGACCUGUCAGCCCCACAAAUAGGAGUCGUCAAUGUUACUGAUGCGGACAGCAUAUGGAUGGAGAUGGACGAUGAGGAGGACCUGCCUUCCGCUGAGGAGCUGGAGGACUGGCUAGAGGAUGUGCUGGAGGGCGAGAUCAACACAGAGGAUGAUGAUGACGACGAUGAUGAUGAUGAUGAUGAUGAUGAUGACGAUGAUGAUGACUAGUUGCUAUGGCAACCAUCUCCGUGCCCCACCUGCUGUGUGCUGAGACCCUGGUCCCCCUCACCUGAUGAGGAGAGGAGCUACCUUUCCCUACACAACAGCCCAGCUAUCUCAUCUGACUUCUGUGUCCUGUCCCACAAUGUCCUAUAUCUAUUAUGUUCCUUCCAUUACUCCCUAAACUCUUCCUUGUGAUUUUCCUCUUGUCAUAUCUCUGGGCCCCCCUCUCUCCUCUGUUCCCCCCACCUGUGCUUCCCCCACUUUCUCAAAUCCUAUAUCCUUGGCCAAGAGGAAGGGAGGGCCCUGUGAUUGGGGCUGAAUCUCAGCAAUCUUUUGUUAAUGAAUUUGGGUCAAACAGGAGGCCUCAAUAAAGGAUCUGGGGCAGCUGAA